AGUACAUGCCUGGGUUAAAGAAGGUCAGCACAACGCCAAAUUCUGUUACUAUUUACCUAGAAAAGCUAACCAACAUAGAACAAACGUAUACCAUAGACACAGUGCAGAAUUUUAUGGUGAUGAAUCUGAAACCUGCUGUUGUCAAGGUGUCCGACUAUUAUUUUCCAGAGGAAAACUCGGUGACCAGCUACACGUUGCCCUCUUUGUGUUUCGAGAAACUCCCCACUCUCAGUCCCUAUAUCGAGUAUUUAACUGAAGAGCCUACUGAAUCUGAUCAGACUAUUGAAUUUGAGUAAGUUUUGUGAGCUGUC